GGAGAGCAGUACACCUCUGCCGCUCCGAACUAAUCAUAAUCGAUAUGUACGGCAUGCUACUAGAGAGUGUCCAACAUUUCGUUCAGCUGGAAUAUGGAGAGCAGAUUUGGUACCGAGUCCUCGAACAAGCCAACUGCAAAUAUAUCUGUUUUGAAACUCACAAAGUUUACCCGGACAACAUCAUGGCAUCGCUUGCGGCGGCAUGCGCCGAAGUUACUUCGGCUUCGUACGAUAGUUUCAUGAAUUUUUUCGGGAGGUGCUUCGUAAGGUAUUUUUCAACUUUGGGCUAUGACGUGACUGUUAAGGCUACUGGGAGAUUCUUUACGGAUUUUCUUCAAAGUGUGGACAAUAUUCACUCGCAGUUUUGUUUUACGUAUCCGAAAAUGAAAAGUCCGUCUAUUUAUUUGACGGAUAUUGAUGCCAGUGGGUGUAUUUUGGUCUACCGGAGCGGGAGGCAGGGUUUCACCCAAUACGUGAUGGGUCAGCUGCAACAAAUUGCCAAAGAUUUUUAUAAUCUUCAGGUUAAAGUAAGGGUCUUGGAUAAGGCUAGCUCGGCGGCUGGUUCAAAGUGUUCGGUUAUUGUUACUUAUAGACUGGAUUUCGACAACCGACCUUAUAUGCAGUACAAGGCAAAACGGACGUCUUUCAACGAAAUCAAACGAUUUUCUCCAUUUCCGUGCUCCCUCCUGUUGGAACUAUUCCCUUUCGGGAUUAUAAUCAAUCCCGACAUGAAAAUUAUGGGCGUGGGUGAAAAACUGGCCGAAAUUUGGAGCAGCAAGGAAACUUUUUUAAGUAAAUCAGUAGGUUGCUACUUCAAGUUGCGACGUCCUAAAGGCAUCACGUUUUCAUGGAAGAACACGCGCAAUUUGCAAUCCGUAAUGUUCGAACUAGAGUGUAACAGGGGCUCAGGUAACUUCAUUUCUCGCGAACACCCAGACUCCAAUCGAUCGUCGCCUUCCGAACUCAAAAACGUGCUCCUGAAAGGACAAAUGAAAUUUAUUAGCGACAUCAACGCCAUCAUUUUCUUGUGCAGCCCAAUAAUCAACGACCUGGACGAGCUUCCGGAGCAGGGGUUGUUCUUAAACGAUUUAAACCAACACGGACUUAGUAAAGAGAUGGUUUUAGCAGGAUGGCAACACAACUCGAAACUCGAAAUAAUGUUCGACAAGGAGGCACAAAGAUCCGACGAGCUGGAAAAAAGUUACGAACUUCUAGACACUUGGAAGCGCAGAGGCGACGAUCUUUUAUAUUCCAUGAUUCCUAAAACUGUGGCGGAUCGUUUGCGAACGGGAGAUUCACCCUUGAGCACUUGCGAAUCUUUCGAAGCUGUGACGAUUCUUUUUUGUGAGUUGGUCGGGCUGUCUUCGGACACUUUGGAAGGGGCGAUGCAAGUCGUGGCGACUAUGAACACGGUUUUCUCGUGUUUUGAUUCGUUGGUGGAUAAAUAUGGCGUCUAUAAGGUCGAAACCGUUGGUCAAAUUUACAUGGCUGUGAGCGGAGCCCCAGAAAGAUCGACCAAUCACGUCGAAAACAUCGUCACUCUGGCUUUGGAGAUGAUCAGACAAGUUGGAGGAAUGAAAGGUUCUGAUGGUGCUAAGGUGGACAUACGAAUUGGAAUCCAUUCAGGUCCGGUUGUGGCAGGAGUGGUUGGGAUUAAAGUUCCCCGGUAUUGUUUUUUCGGAGACACGGUGAAUACUGCGUCUAGAAUGCAGUCAACAAGUUGGCCUGGAAUGAUUAAUAUUUCGGUCGACACGAAGAAACUUCUGUGCUCUGAGAAAUACAAAAUUGAAAAUCGUGGAAAAGUCAAAGUCAAAGGUAAAGGUGAAAUGGAAACAUUUUGGCUGUUUGUCUUGUAGUUGUUAAAUUAUUAUAAAUUAAUAGAAAAAGUAUGUACAAGUCGUCA